UAUUUUCGUCAAAAUGCUGUCAAAUGUGACUAACUUCACAAGACAAUAUUUGUUGACGCCGUUCCAUGUGUCCAGUCGUUCGCCGCCGAUAUUCCAUUUCCAAAAUACCCUCGUAGUUGACGUUGUGUUGGAGACGAAGUGGACUGAUUUGUCACAGUCACAAGUCAAUUUGUGAAUUAUUUUUAAAAUCCGUGUAAGAGGAAAAUUCGAAAGUACAGUGGUGAUCGCGAGUCAGUUUAGAACGUAGAAGACAUACCAGCGAAAAAUGGCCAGCGCGCGAAUUGAAGAGUACAAACAAGGGAUCAAUACAGCGCUCCACGAUGGAAGCAAGCCAUGGACUAAAUUUUUUGAAUUGGUCGAGGACAAAACUGGCGUGUCUAGAAUGAAUGUAUUCCUGGGUUGCGCAGCAUUCAUCGCAUUGUACCUAGUCUUUGGCUGGGGUGCUCAGCUGUUGUGCAAUAUAAUUGGAGUAGCCUAUCCGGCCUAUGUGUCAAUUCACGCAAUUGAAUCAAGUCCGAAAGCUGAUGAUACACGAUGGCUUAUCUAUUGGGUGACUUUUGCAAUUCUAUCGUUGAUUGAACAUUUUUCAUUCUUCUUGUGCAAAGUUAUUCCAUUCUAUUGGUUAAUUAAGUGCGCUUUCCUUAUCUGGUGCAUGUUGCCCAUCCCAAGCAACGGAUCCGUCCUCAUCUACGGUCGCAUCGUUCGUCCCUAUUUUCUCAAACAUCACGAAGCUGCUGAUCGUGCUCUUGAUGGUGUUUUCGAUAAAGUUAAAGAGACAGUCGGAGGUUUCGCCAAAAAGACAGAAUGAAGUAAAAAAACAACAACAAAAUUAACAUUGUUUCGUGUUUAAAGCCAAUUUUUCAUCUUUGCGUCGAUUUUUUAUAAGAAAAAAGACAUGUUAUUCAACUCACAAGACAAACACCACAAAAAUAUACAAAUUAUCUUGAUAAAUUUUACAAAUUUAAUAAUAUUUCAUUCUCAAUUUUUGCAGUAUCACUCUAUGCACAUUUUGUAUGGUUAAAUUAUUUAAAUUUUCAAUUUUCUUUCGGAUUUUACAUUUUCAAUCAUGUAACAUGGAAAUAUUUAAAUUUUGCAAUUUGUAUUUGAAUUCUGCACUGGGGUGAAGUAGGUGGCCAUUUUUACCGAAAAAUAAAAAUCAAUCACUGCAUCCAUUUCACGCUAAUAUAACUCUAUCUAUGAUAAGAUGGCCUUAAAUUAUUCGUAUACCUAGCGUUGUCACAAAUGGAAAAGAAUGUAUAAAUUAUUGCAACAAAAAAUAUGAAAGUACGUUUAUAGAAAUAUUUAGUGAGAUAAAAUUAUGUACAAAAAAAA